UUCGCUAUGACCGCCAUUGUCGACUCCGCAAUGCAGGGAGCGCCAAAUAUGAUGCCCGACUACGAGAUCAAGUUCCUCCUCAAACCCACCGCAGUCCUCGGUCCCAACACGGAGCUCACGAGCAGCGUCCUGUCGACCUUCGACAUGCCCCUAAGCGUCACCAAGCUGCAUGCCCAGCUUCUUGAUACGACCGGCAAGGACAUCUAUACCGCCGGCUGGAGCGCCCGCAUCCGUAAGACUGAGAACGAAGAUGACUUGGAGCUGACGUACAAGAAGCGGUAUGUCAUCAUAGACGGUGACAUCGACGCCGCGCUCACCACGGCUAAUAUUGAUGGUUUCGACGUCCCAGGCGGCAACCCGGAAGCC